AUGUAUAUGAAAGCAUACGAUAUAUGUUUUGUAGAUCAUGUCUUCUAUCGCCAAAAGAGAAUUAAUGAGCUCGCACUUGACGGUAGCAACUAUUUGACUUGGGCUUUGGACAUCGAGAUUCAUCUCGCGUCUAAAGAACUAAGCCAAACCAUUGUUGCCGAGUCACAGUGUACUAACGCCCAGAAGGCGCAGGCUCUCAUUUUCUUACGUCACCACUUGAACCACAACCUGAAAAAUGAAUACUUGACUGAAAAGGACCCUUUUGCAUUAUGGAAGUCCUUGAAGGACCGUUUUGACCAACAGUCAUCGAUUGUCCUCCCUCAAGCCCAAUUUGACUGGCUUCACCUGAGGUUUCAGGACUAUAAGUCAAUUAUUGACUACAACUCGGCUCUUCAUAAGAUAGUCUCGCAACUAAAGCUCUGCAAACAAGAAGUUUCAGAGACAGACUUAAUUGAAAAGACUCUAUCUACCUUUCAUGCGAGUAACCUUGUAAUCCAGCAGCAGUACAGGGCAAAGAAUUAUGAAAAGCAUUCUGAUUUGAUAUCUGCACUUCUUGUGGCCGAGAAGCACAACCAGUUUUUGAUGAAAAACCAUAAUGCACGACCUGUUGGGUCUGCCCCCGCGCCUGAAGCACAUCAUAUUGCCCAGGGAAGCAAUUCUAGAAGGGGUCGAGGAAAGGGUCGUGGUAGAGGUCACGGUCGAAACAAUCGAAGUGGUAAAGGCAAAGGCAACAAUGACUCCCGGACCCAAGAUAAGAAACAAAGUGAUCAAGGAUCAUCAAGGUCACAAACAUGUUAUCGGUGUGGAUAUACGGGACACUGGGCUCGUACAUGUCGUACACCAAAGCAUCUGGUUGAAGCUUACAAAAUGACGCAAAAGAAAAAUGAUAAGCAACCGUCAAGAAAGGAAUCUCAUCACAGCAACACUGAUUUGCCUGAAGCAAAUGCAGUGAUGAAUGAUGAUGAUGAUGAUCUUUUAAAAUAUGAGCUUGAAGACUUUGGUGAUCAAGAAUGA